GGAGGGCGGCGGGGCACACGGCGGCUCCCGCGGCGGCUCCCGAUGGCUCGUCCGCGGCCCCGAGAAUACAAGGCUGGAGACCUGGUGUUCGCCAAAAUGAAGGGGUACCCGCACUGGCCGGCCCGGAUUGAUGAACUCCCUGAAGGAGCUGUGAAGCCUCCAGCAAAUAAAUACCCCAUCUUCUUUUUUGGGACUCAUGAAACUGCGUUCCUUGGGCCCAAAGACCUUUUCCCAUAUAAAGAAUAUAAAGAUAAAUUUGGGAAGUCGAACAAGCGAAAAGGAUUUAAUGAAGGCCUGUGGGAAAUAGAAAACAACCCUGGAGUAAAGUUUACUGGAUAUCAGGCAAUUCAGCAGCAGAGCUCAUCAGAAACUGAAGGAGAAGGAGGAAAUACAGCAGAUGCCAGCAGUGAGGAGGAAGGUGAUCGGGUAGAAGAGGAUGGAAAAGGAAAAAGAAAGAAUGAAAAAGCGGGCUCAAAACGGAAAAAAUCCUACACUUCAAAGAAAUCCUCCAAGCAGUCACGGAAAUCUCCUGGAGAUGAAGAUGAUAAGGACUGCAAAGAGGAAGAAAAUAAGAGCAGCUCUGAUGCUGGAGACGCAGGCAAUGACACAAGAAACACUUCUUCAGAUUUGCAGAAAACCAGUGAAGGGACUUAACCAACAUAAUGACUGCUGAAUAUUAAGGGAAAACAUGAGAAGGUUACAUGUUUGGUUGUCUAAUAUUCUUGGAUUUGAUAUGAGUCACCACAUCUGUCCAUUAGCAUCAUUAACAGCAUCCCAGUUUGUAUGCACAUUAUUCACAUUCCUAUCUGUUGUGUUUGCAGAAAUGACAUUUUACCCUUUUUUCUAAGGGUUACUUUUUGAUUUUCUUAUUAUUUGGUUGCAUGAAGUUGCCCUUUGCCAGUGGCUGAGGUUUAUGAAGAUAUCACAUACUUGAACAUGUUUUAGAUUCCUUUUCUAGAUAGAAAAGGUGUAACUCCAGAUUAUAUUAUUCUAAAUGAACAUUUAAAAAAAAAAAAAACAAGUAAAUCUUAGAAAUGAGUCCCCUCCAUAUGAGACUACAACAGUUUCUUCCACCUCCAAACAUAAUUUCAAAUUUCCCUAUACCCAUACUUUGUUGAUUUUUGAUCAGUUUACAACAUAAAAGAAAAAUUCUUCAGUUGAGAUCACCGCCAAGUUCAAUAAUGUAAUAAAAUACCUUUCCUUAUUAGAAGUACUUAGCUAGUUAUACUCUUAAUACUUCUCAAAAUCAUGAUGUAAUGUACACUAUCUGACUUAGUUCCUAUAUGUGGAGUUAGUGAAAGUCUUUUUGUGUUUCUUUAGAUUAAUACAAGGAUUUUUUCCAAUGCCAACACAAUUUGAAAUCAUUCGUUUGGAUGCUUUCCAUUUUUAAGCUUACUGUGAUAUAGAACCCUAUGGGAAACCAAAAGAAAACAUCAAUUUUAAAUAAUGGAAGAAAGGCUUAAAAAAGGAUGCUGUCAUUCUGGCUUUUUUUUUCCGUUUGGAAAUAGAACUAGACUAGUAAGUAAGCAUUCCAGAUCCAUUAUUCUGUGUACAUUAUUGUUGCUAUUGUGAUAAUAGAGAUUUUUUAUUUAUUUUUAUGCCAGCUUUUAUUGUGAAAACAUAUUUAGUCUGGUUUUAUCAAUCCUUGUUAUGCUUGUCUUUGGAACAUCUUUUGCGUAUUCAAGGUUUGUAGUUGACGAGUUUACUGUAAAAAAUGAAAAAAAAACCACAACAAAAAAACAAAAAAGAAAACAAAAAGAAAACAAAAAAAUGUAUUGUUUUUACAGAAUAAAUUUAUUGGAAUGUGUAUUGGGAGUAAGGUUUGAGGUUGUAAGCAACUAAGUUAGCGUCAUAUUUGGCUUCAUACGUGUAAUAAUGUGAGGUAUUAAUGUAAGUCAAGUAUUAAAGCAAAACAUUCUGUUAACAUGAGUUGACCAUAAUAGAUACAAGUGCAGGUGAGAUCUUUAUUUUUUCUGUACUUUGCCUUUUCUGGAUAACAGGAGGUUAUUAAAUUCA